UCAGAUGCCCGGACACUUGCAUGCCCUAAUUAUCGUCUCCGCGCCCUCGAUUUCUCUCGCAGUCUAUCUUUCCCUUCUUUUUUUUUCUCUGAGCAGCGGAAACAAAAGCCCUGAUUAAUGUCAGGUUCCUACGGCUACGGCGGACCCGACGAUCGCGCGCCGCCUCCCCGCGGCGGCGGAUAUGGCCGAGGCCGCGGCGGCUACUGUGGAAACCCCGGGAAUCGAGGUGGCGGCGGUGGGUACGGGGAUGGUGGGCACCAAGGUGGCGAUCGUGGUAACCGUGGAGGUGGCGGAGGGCGCCGAGGUGGUGGCCGCGGCGGCGGUUUUGGACGGGAGGGGGAUUGGCGAUGCCCCAACCCCAGUUGUGGAAACCUGAACUUUGCAAGAAGAACCGAGUGUAACAAGUGUGGUGCUCCAUGCCCUGGUGGUGCUGCUGGUGGUGGGGGAGACUCCAGUGACAAUAACAGAGGUGGUGGUGAUUAUAAUGGUGGUCGUGGUGGUUAUAAUAUCGGUGGAGGGGGAUAUGGUGGCAACCGAGCCGGAUAUGGUGGGAAUCUUGGUGGAAGGAGUAGUGGUUAUGGGGGAAGAGGUGGUGAUUAUGGUGGAAGAGGUGGAUCUUACAAUAUCAAUAAUCACGAAAGAGAGGAUGGUGGUUAUGGUCAAGUUUCUCCAACGCCUCCAUCUGCAUAUGGUGGUCCUAUUGGAAAUUAUCCUCCUGCUCCAGGGACCUAUGGUUCAAAUGAUGCUUAUGGUGUUGAUUCUAUUCCACGUCCUAGUACCUAUGGUGAUCCCAAUUCUUACCCUCCUUCAUAUGGUGCUCCCCCUCCAAAUACAUAUGGCAGUGAAGGUCAUGUGGCUCGCAGUGGUCCACCAUCUGGCUAUAGUGCUCCACCGUCUGGAUAUGGUGGUGGAUAUGGUGACCGCACGAACCCUGUCCACGACAUUGGUGUUCCACCUCGCCAUAGUGGUGGUGCCUUUGGUGCUCCUCCUGUUGCAGUUAAACAGUGUGAUGAGAAUUGUGGAGAAUCCUGUGAUAACACGAGGAUUUACAUCUCAAACUUGCCUCCUGAUGUGACGACUGAAGAUCUGCAUGACCUUUUUGGAGGGAUUGGACAGGAAUUGGCUUCUACCACUAAAUAUGGCAUUAUUUCUUGCUCGGAUCAAGAGGUAUAACUACUAAACCCAUCAUGGGGUUAAAAUGGGUUCACUUAUGGCUUUUUCUGAAAAGUCUUGUUAAUUGUCAUUUUGCAUUGAUCAAUGCAUUUUUUUUUCUGCAGAAGCUACUAAAAUAUGAAGGAUGAAAUCAUAGAUUAUUCUUGAAUGUGUUAUUGCAAUUCUCCCCCCAGUAGCAUGGAUUUGAUUAAUAUGUUAUAUUUCAUUGGUGUUUGCAGAUUUGGGUUCUUAGUUUGCACUAUUCUUGAUGAAAUUGUAGAUUGUAUAUUUAUAUGGUCUUGUUUAGCAUUUUGGAGCAUGUCAUGUUUGAAAACGUUUGGAUCCUAUUUUAUUUUUUAGUGCUGCAUUUUGUUCAAGAAAGUUAACACUUUUACUACUGCUUUACAAUGAGCAUAAUAUUGCUCCGUUUCUCACUGUCAGUAAAUAAUCUUAUAUGAUGGUUAUAUCCUCACUGUAAAUCUGUCA